AUGGAGCAGUGGGAAAAAGAGUUUUUUAAAGUGGAUCUUGGACUUUUAUUCGAGAUCAUAAUGGCCGCAAACUAUCUGGAUAUAGCUGGUCUUCUCGACAGUGCCUGCAAAUUAGUUGCCAGAAUGAUGAGGGUAUGUGAACGCAACCUUCUUUUAGUCGAGUCAACGUGGGCAUACCUGCAGUUACACUGUGUUCAGGGCAAAACCCCGGAAGAGAUUCGUGUCUUGUUCAACAUUACUAAUGAUUUCACACGCGAGGAAGAAGAACAGAUUUGGAAAGAGAGCGCUUGGUGCGAAGAUUAA